GCCCUUCUGUCACUGGUUCCCCGCUCGCUCGCUGGCUGGCGGUGGGAGGAGCCGGAGGAAGCUGUGCGCCCGGGAGGCCGGCAGCGGAGAUGGAUCUGCUCCGAGAGGGGACGCUGCUGAAGACCCCGGCUGCUCGAGGCGGCUAGAAACAGGCCACUCGUGCCGACCGGCUGCGGAGACCGGAGGCGCUGGAGCCGGAGGCCCCGGGGACCGCCGGACGGACGGCUGCUGGGCGACCCCGGUGAGGACCCCGGCGCAGGCUGAGCCCCGCGAGCCGCGGAGGAGAAACUCAUCGCGAGCCCAAGUUGCCCGCCCGGCUCGCCCUCGCCGCGCCCGAGGAAUGAAACCUUCCCAGCUCCACCUGCUCCUCGUCUGCUCCUUCCUCUUCGGCCAAGAGCUGGGCCUCCAGAAGAGAGGAUGCUGUCUGGUGCUGGGCUACAUGGCCAAGGACAAGUUUCGGAGAAUGAAUGAAGGCCAAGUGUACUCCUUCAGCCAGCAGCCCCAGGACCAGGCCGUGGUGUCGGGGCAGCCGGUGACGCUGCUCUGUGCCAUCCCAGAAUAUGACGGCUUUGUUCUGUGGAUCAAGGACGGCUUGGCUCUGGGCGUGGGCAGGGACCUCUCAAGUUACCCGCAGUACCUGGUGGUGGGCAACCACCUGUCGGGAGAGCAUCACCUGAAGAUCCUGCGGGCAGAGCUGCAAGACGAUGCCGUGUACGAGUGUCAGGCCAUCCAGGCCGCCAUCCGGUCCCGCCCCGCGCGCCUCACCGUCCUGGUGCCACCCGAUGACCCCGUCAUCCUGGGGGGGCCCGUGAUCAGCCUGCGGGCAGGGGACCCCCUCAACCUCACCUGCCACGCAGACAACGCCAAGCCCGCCGCGACCAUCGUCUGGCUGCGGAAGGGAGAGGUCAUCAACGGGGCCACCUACUCCAAGACCCUGCUCCGUGACGGCAAGCGCGAGAGCAUUGUGAGCACCCUGUUCAUCUCCCCCGGAGACGUGGAGAACGGGCAGAGCAUCGUGUGCCGAGCCACCAACAAAGCCAUCCCCGCGGGGAAGGAGACCUCGGUCACCAUCGACAUCCAGCACCCCCCGCUGGUCAACCUGUCGGUGGAGCCGCAGCCGGUGCUGGAAGACAACGUCGUCACCUUCCACUGCUCUGCCAAGGCCAACCCGGCCGUCACGCAGUACAGGUGGGCCAAGCGGGGCCAGAUCAUCAAGGAGGCGUCGGGAGAGGUGUACCGAGCCACCGUGGACUACACGUACUUCUCGGAGCCCGUCUCCUGCGAGGUGACCAACGCCCUGGGCAGCACCAACAUCAGCCGCACCGUGGACGUCUACUUCGGGCCCCGGAUAACAUCGGAGCCCCAGUCCCUGCUCGUGGACCUGGGCUCGGAGGCCGUCUUCAGCUGCGCCUGGACCGGGAACCCCUCCCUGACCAUCGUCUGGAUGAAACGGGGCUCCGGCGUGGUCCUGAGCAACGAGAAGACCCUGACCCUCAAAGCCGUCCGCCAGGAGGAUGCUGGGAAGUAUGUGUGCCGAGCCGUGGUGCCCCGGGUGGGGGCCGGGGAGCGAGAGGUGACCCUGACUGUCAAUGGCCCCCCCAUCAUCUCCAGCACCCAGACCCAGCACGCCCUCCAUGGGGAGAAGGGCCAGAUCAAGUGCUUCAUCCGGAGCACGCCGCCGCCUGACCGAAUAGCCUGGUCGUGGAAGGAGAAUGUGCUGGAGUCGGGGACCUCGGGGCGCUACACGGUGGAGACGGUCAGCACGGAGGAGGGCGUCAUCUCCACGCUGACCAUCAGCAACAUCGUGCGGGCUGACUUCCAGACCAUCUACAACUGCACCGCCUGGAACAGCUUCGGCUCCGACACCGAGAUCAUCCGGCUCAAGGAGCAAGGUUCGGAAAUGAAGUCGGGAGCCGGGCUGGAAGCAGAGUCCGUGCCGAUGGCCGUCAUCAUCGGGGUGGCCGUGGGAGCCGGCGUGGCCUUCCUCGUGCUCAUGGCAACCAUCGUGGCCUUCUGCUGUGCCCGCUCCCAGAGAAAUCUCAAAGGUGUUGUGUCGGCCAAGAACGAUAUCCGCGUGGAGAUCGUCCACAAGGAGCCUGCCUCUGGCAGGGAGGGCGAGGAGCACCCCACCAUCAAGCAGCUGAUGAUGGAGCGGGGAGAAUUCCAGCAAGACUCCGUCCUCAAGCAGCUCGAGGUCCUCAAAGAAGAAGAGAAGGAGUUUCAGAACCUGAAGGACCCCACCAAUGGCUACUACAGCGUCAACACCUUCAAGGAGCACCACUCCACCCCCACCAUCUCGCUGUCCAGCUGCCAGCCGGACCUGCGUCCUGCUGGCAAGCAGCGCGUGCCCACGGGCAUGUCCUUCACCAACAUCUACAGCACCCUGAGCGGCCAGGCCCGCCUCUAUGACUACAGCCAGAGGUUCGUGCUGGGCAUGGGCAGCUCGUCCAUCGAGCUCUGCGAGCGCGAGUUCCAGCGGGGCUCCCUCAGCGACAGCAGCUCCUUCCUGGACACGCAAUGUGACAGCAGCGUCAGCAGCAGCGGCAAGCAGGACGGCUACGUGCAGUUCGACAAGGCCAGCAAGGCCUCCGCCUCCUCCUCCCACCACUCGCAGUCCUCCUCGCAGAACUCCGACCCCAGCCGACCCCUGCAGCGGAGGAUGCAGACUCACGUCUGAGGAUCGCGGUCCAGCCCGCAGGCGGGGUUGAGGGGGGGACGGAGGCCACCGCACAUCCUGGCUCUCCAGUUAGCACGGGGACUGUGUAGAGGACCCCAGAACCGGCAGCCUCCAGGACAGCCCGAGUGCCUCUGCCACCACCCUCCUGCGAAACCCUGAUCAAGCACAAAUCUGGGUCCCCAGCGGCCGAGGCAGAGGCGCGAGGUGGGGGCGCCGGAGGAGGAGGCAGGAGGAUGCAGCUGAGCGCCAUGCUCCCUGCAGGACCCUGGCUGGUCCCCAGCCCUUUCCUGGAGGCCCCUCCCUACCGCUCCUCCCACAGGCACUAGAGGCAGCUAGAACUUGGCUUUCAUGAAACUGCCGAUCGCUCUCCAGUCUCCCCGUGAGCUCUGCCCCUUGCUGCCCAAAAGCUCUACCCUUGCGCCCGUGCCCCUGUACAACUCUAGCGAGAAGAGGGGGGAAGGCUUCCCCCAACACACAGAGCUGCCCCAGUGCCGCAGCGCCCUCUGCUGCUCAGAGCCAGGAACGGCCUGGCCGCAGGACCAGCUCUCACACACUGGCUGGCAGCCUGCCCCCAAUUUGUUCGGUGUUCCUCGUGCCCAUACUCUUGCAGUUCUGUCCCUGGACUGAUGCCUCUGGACUCUGAGGUGGGACUGGCCCGAUGAGAGACUGGUGUCCU